CCAUUGCCGUUUGGAGUGGGGGAAGUUCUCACGGUAGACCAUGAAAAAAAUGGAAGAAUUCCCAUAUCGAUAGCUUUAUGGAGAACUUAAAUUAGAAUGCAAAUAAUUAAUACCCCACAUAAAGAACAGGCAAGUGACUUUCCGUCCUGUACGCUCCACACACACGCACACACCGGCGCUCGUGGUGCUGGUGCCGUCCCAGCUACUCCAGGCACCGCGGACGGGAGCCGAGUAGGGUCAAUUUAAGUCAUGCAGGUUUUAAGAGGCGCCAGUUCUCGGCUCCUUCGGGCAUGGGCAUGGGCUCGGCUCGGGACGACCAGGGCUGUGACGGGUGCCCCAGCUCAGACCAUCCACGCGGGCGGGGGCGCCGCGGAAACACCGCGCGCGGCUCCCCAGCCGGAAGCUGCGAAGGAGGCUGGUCCUGGCGCGAGCAGCUUCAGCAUUUACCCUCCCGUUCCAGGACACGAAAGCUCUUUGCAGUGGGCUGGGAGGAAAUUUGACGAGAUCCCAAUCGCACACAUUAAAGCAUCCUACAACAACACACAGAUCCAGGUAGUCUCAGCCACUAACAUGCCCUUGGCCCGCACCUCCUGUGGCACAGAGGGCUUUCGGAAUGCCAAGAAGGGCACCGGCAUUGCAGCGCAGACAGCAGGCAUAGCCGCUGCGGCGAAGGCUACAGGGAAGGGGGUGACCCACAUCCGAGUUGUGGUGAAAGGCCUGGGACCAGGGCGCUGGUCUGCCAUCAAGGGUCUGACUAUGGGAGGCCUGGAGGUGAUCUCAAUCACAGACAACACCCCCAUCCCACACAACGGCUGCCGCCCCAGGAAGGCUCGGAGGCUGUGACGGGAAGGAGGCCUUCACGUGAAUCUGACCUCAAGCAUCAGCUCCAGCGGGGCCUUGCGACAAUGUGCUCACCGUCAGAGCUGUUGGAGCUGGAAGCCGUCCAGCCCUACUUCAGGGGAGCUUCGCCUUUGCCGCCACCUCUGCCCACAGGUGGAGCUUCUCAGCGAGGCUGGGCCUCUCCGACGUGAGAAGAGCCACAGGCAGAGCUGCGGACCCACUCUUGGCCUCUAUUCUGUGAAAAUAAAAGACUUAUCUGUGCCUUGGUAGUA